CUGUAGAUUUUUCAAUAUUAUGUACAUUGUUCAAGGUAAUGGCAUAUCACUUGUUAACAAUUUUAUAAUUAAUAAUUUGUUGACACCAGCAGGCAAGAAAUAUACUCCAACACUGAGCAGUGAAGUGGCCGUGACGGGAGAAGUUAAAACCCACCAGCUGCUCGUGUUGAUUCUAAGACUUCGUCAAAUCUGCUGCCAUCCAUCACUUAUAAAACAGAUAUUAGAACCUGAAUCCAAAGAUAUUGAUGGAAUAGAUGUCAACAGUGAAGAUGGGUGUGAUUUAGACUUGGUGGAUCAGAUGGCCAAUAUGAGUCUGCAGAGCGCAAGCCACAUGGAUAAUAGAGCGGAGGAGGAUGCCCUUACCAUGGAUAACCCUGUCUUUCAGCAAACAAAAGUUAGCUCAAAGAUUAUGCAACUCAUUGAGGAACUUGAGAAAAUCCGUUCUCUGGAGACGGUGGAAAAGUCCGUCAUAGUGUCCCAGUGGACAUCAAUGUUAGACAUUGUACGUGAUCAUCUAGAGAAUGUUGGUAUCCAGUGCUGCACUAUAUCUGGGAAAGUUCUUGUUAAAAAUCGUGGUGACAUUGUUGAAGAUUUCAACUGUAAUCCAGAAGGGGCACAGGUUAUGCUGCUGUCUCUGGCUGCUGGGGGAGUUGGGCUAAAUUUAGUUGGUGCCAACCACCUGUUUUUGUUAGAUCUGCACUGGAACCCCCAACUGGAAUCUCAAGCCUGUGACCGUAUUUACAGAGUUGGUCAGAAGAAGUCUGUCAUUAUACAUAGAUUUGUAAUUGAAAACACCAUUGAGGAAAAAAUAAUCCAGCUUCAACAAGAUAAGCUGCAACUUGCUGAUGAUGUUUUGUCAGGUGCUGACGAGAAGAAAAACAUAUCAUUGAAUGACAUGAAGAAAUUGUUCAAUUUAGCUUAAACAAUUCUUGUAAAGUUAUUAAAAUAAAAAAAAAAUUGGUAUAAAAGUGUAGGCGAGAGGUGGUGGUGGGAGCGUGUAGAGCGGGACUCGUGUCCUGAAGAACAAAGCAGCUUGGGCCGAGACAUAUGUCAUCUUUCUGCUCUGUUCACUAUUGAGUUAACAUAUAUUGUAUAUUUCAAGUGCCUUCAAAUAUCUUUUUUAUCAACAUUUUAUAAAAUUAUCUGCUUUUUUUAUAUUUUACAGAAUGGUUUUAGUAAAUAGUUGAACUGUACAUACAUAUUAAAAUGCAUAUUAUCUAUCAUUUUCUGUGAUACAGUGUGCUCUCAAUCAUUAGGUACAAUAAAGUUUUAUACAGUUUUAAUAUACAGUACUGUACCUGUAUUUUAUAUUUCAUGUCUUCAUAUAUUUUUAUUUUGUGACAGACUUGUUUAUUUUAAAUUUAAUAAAAUUUAAUUAGA